AUGGCCUCCACCCUCCUUCCCCAGGCACAGGUGCCUUCCCCCGGGGAGCAGCUGCUCCAGGCCCUGGAAGAGCUCUCGCAGGCGGAUUUUAAAAGCUUUCGGGAUAAGCUGGCGCAUGGAGACCUCCCGGGCCAGUGCCACAUUCCCUGGGGGAAGCUGGAGCAUGCUGACAGGAUCGACACGAAAAACCUCAUGGUGUCCUAUUACGGCAAAGACGCAGCCCUGGAUGUCGCCGUGACUGCGCUGGAGCAGAUCCACCUCCACAGCGUUGUGGCCAGGCUCAGGGAAGGCAGAGGGAAAGCCCUGGGGCCCGCUCCGCUACCGAGGUCGUCGGCACCAGAUUACAGGGAGGAUUACAAAACGGAGAUCCGCAACGCUUACAGCAGAAUAAAGGACCGAAAUGCCCUUAUCGGUGGCAGCGUGUCCCUGAACGAAAGGUACUCAGAGCUGGUGAUCGUCAAUAAACACCGGGACGAAGAGCAGUGCGAACACGAGAUCAAGGCGACAGGGCGGAGGCACGUGGAGAUCAUGAAGGAGCAAGCCAACUCCUCUGUCGCCUUAAGGGACCUUUUUGAGCCUGGCCCAGACGGGUGGGUCCCCAAGGUCGUGGUGCUCCUCGGAGCUGCAGGCAUCGGGAAGACGAUGGCUGCCAGGAAAAUCAUGUUGGACUGGGCAUCAGGCAAGGUGUUUAAGAAGUUUGACUAUGUUUUCUACAUACACUGCCGGGAAGGCAACCUUCUCACCAGGGAGGUGAGCGUGGCUGACCUGGUCUCCAGAUGCUGUCCCGGUGCCUCUCCCCAACAAGUCAACGAGAUACUGAAGAGCCCAGAGAAGCUCCUGUUCGUGAUCGACGGCUUCGACGAGCUGCGCUUUUCCUUCGAUCUGCCCCCAGACGAGCUGUGCUCCCAGCCCUCGGAGAAGAGGCCGACGGAAAUCACCCUGAGCAGCCUGUUUCGGAAAAUGGUUCUCCACAAGUCCUCCCUGCUCAUCACCACGCGGCCGGCUGCACUGCAGAAACUGAGCAACUGCCUGGAGUGCGAGCGCUACGCGGAAAUCCUCGGCUUUUCCGUGGCAGAGAGGAAGAAGUAUUUCCGCAACUUUUUCAAAAACACGAAGCAGGAGGCCGCAGACUUUCCGUUUGUCCAAGGGAACGAAAUUGUCUUCACCAUGUGCCUCGUGCCCAUCAUGUGCUGGAUCAUCUGUACCGUCAUGAAGCAGCAGCUCAGCAAAAAGCAGGCUCUCGCGCGAAACGUGAAGACCACGACGGGAAUCUACACCCUCUAUCUCUCCGCGCUGCUGGAUUCGCUGAGCAGCAAGUCGAAGCAGGGCAUGCCCGUGGUGCUGUGGAAACUUAGCUGCCUGGCCGCUGAAGGGGUUUGGAAGCAAAAAGUCCUGUUUGAGGAGGAGGAGGUGCAGAAGUACGCGCUGGACCAGAGAGAGGUCCUCCCGCUCCUCCUCAAUGAGCGCGUCUUCCAGCAAGACAUCGACUGUGUCAGCACCUACAGCUUCAUCCACCUCAGCUUCCAGGAAUUUUUUGCGGCUCUCUUUUAUCUACGCGAAGAUGAAGGAGAAACAGAGACGCUUCCAGCUGAUCUUACGAGGGAUGUGAACAAGUUGCUAGAGAACUACAGCAACUCGAGGAAUUACUUCACAUUAACUGUGCGGUUCCUGUUUGGUCUCUCAAAUGAGGAACAAAGAAAGGCUCUGGAGAAGAAAACCGGGUGUAAAAUUUCACCAAAGAUUACACAAGAAUUACUUGUGUGGCUUCUGAAAAGCCAAGAAACCAAGUUAGCUGUUCUUACAGAGGAGACCACAGUGAUUCAGGAGUUGGAGGUCUGUCACUGUUUAUAUGAAAUCCAAGACGAACGUUUUGUGACAACUGCUUUGGAUCAGUUCACAGGAAUGCAUCUCCAAGGGGUCAAUCUUAACCAAUUUGAUCAAAUUGUCCUUUCGUUCAGUAUGAAAAACUUCACCAGACUGGAGUCACUCCAUCUGGGACAUUGCUCCUUUAUAUGGGACAACCCCGAGGAUGACACAGGCCAGCAGCCGGCAAAGGAAAACCAGCAGGAGGAGGGGAAGGAUUCGCCCAUCCACUCGCUUUGUCAAGCCUUGGAAAACUCAGGCUGUAAAUUAAAGAGGCUAAGGUUUGACCGCUGUCAACUCACAGGCGCCUGCUGCGGGGCUCUCGCCUCUGUCCUCAGAGCGAAAAGCACCCUGACGGUGCUGGACCUGGGCGGGAACGAAGAGCUGAGGGAUGCAGGCGUGAAGCUGCUGUGCGAGGGCCUGAACCACGCCGCCUGCCAGGUGCAGACGCUGCGGUUGGGCUGCUGCAACCUCACGGCCGCCAGCUGCAAGCACCUCGCCGUCGUGCUGGGCGCCACGCCGAGCCUGGCCGACCUGGACCUCAGCGACAACCCCCUGACCGACGACGGGGUGCAGGAGCUGUGCAGGGGCCUAGCGCAACCCAGCUGCGGGGUGCAGAAGCUCUGGUACGGGGCGCCGGGCUCGCGAGGGAUGAUGGGGGCAACGCGGCCGGGCGCCGAUCUGGGAAUCGUCAUCCCUUGGCGCGCCCGGCUGAGCGCGCCACGGCGUGUCCUGCCUACCUUCGCUGCACCGAGGAGUCAGCGCGAGCUUCGGGGUCACAAAGCGCUGUGGCGGUGCUGCCUGACGGAGGUGGGCUGCGGGGCCCUCGCCACGGCGCUCCGCGCGAACCCGAGCGUGACGGAGCUGCACCUGGGGAACAACGAGCUGGGCGACGGAGGCGUGCGGCGGCUGUGCGAGAGCCUGCGGGACGGCGCCUGCCGCGUGCAGGAGCUGAGGCUGUGGCAGUGCUGCCUGACGGAGGCGAGCUGCGAGGCCCUCGCCUCGGUUCUCCGCACGAACCGGAGCCUGACGGAGCUGCACCUGGGGGACAACGAGCUGGGCGACGGAGGCAUGCGGCGGCUGUGCGAGGGCCUGCGGGACAGUGCCUGCCGCGUGCGGAUACUGAGCCUGUGGCAGUGCCAGCUCACGGAGGGCUGCUGCGCAGACCUCGCCGCCGUGCUCAGCGCCAGCCAGAGCCUGGAGAACCUGGACCUGAGCGAGAACAACCUGGGGGACAGCAGCGCGCGGCUGCUCUACGAGGGGCUCAGGCAUCCCGCCUGCCUCCUGAAGACACUGUGGUUGGACCAAUCUGGAUUAAGUGAAGAAACGCUGCAGAAUUUGGCUGCUCUGAUGGAAAUAAAGCCCCAUCUAAAUAUAGGAUACACGUGAUGAGCAGAACUGCCUUCAGCGAGCGGCCCUGGCCCAGUGGCUCACCAGCUGCACUUGCACAUGGGUUAAGAGGGGAUCAGGAGUCCGGGAGACGCUCCCUCUACUUACGACAGGGGCUUUUAAUGCCAAAAGCACUUCUCAACAUGUAGGGCCAGGGUCUGGCUGCACGGCCUCGGGGCUGAUCCUCCCACGGAGGAAUUACCAGUUGGAGCUGAGAGUGGCUCAUGCAUUACAGGUGCAGACAGCACCUCCUCCAAGCUCCUGUGCAGGCAGGAAGGUAACAGAGAGCUGAGGGAACUAGCGUAAGGCUGUAGGGAACUGGGAUGAGGCAACGGACGAGUGUGUGAAACUUCCAUUUUUGGUCCCUUACUGUUGAGAGUGCCCCAAAACGGCAUGAACAAGCCUUAGAUAAAGAGAUUUUUCUUCACUUCCCAUGGUGUAUUCACUGUGACUUGCAUAUUGAUGAAGGUUUCUGUAUUUCUGUCUGAUUCCAUAAUUCCCAAGAAGGUCUUUCCAUUUCUGUUUUGCCCGUAUAUUUAUUGUAGAGAAUGACUGUGCUGGUUACGCCAAUGACAAAUAAAGAUCCUGUCCCAGGAA